AUGAUACCAAAUGGGGCACUUUACAGCAUUACGAGAUGGGCAAUGCCACCACAAGUUGUACUGGUUUUGUUGUUCAUCUUCUUGUUACUCGUCAACAAUCUGGGCAUGACUUUGGAGUUUUCAGCAAUUCAUAAAGUAAAACUAACCACAAUUCCAAACGGAAAACUCGCUUUCUAUCUCUACAUCAAAGGAAUUGUGGUCAGUGUGGCUAAUAUUAUUGGAAUCUUUUUUGUCAUCGGAUCUUCAUUGUACUAUCAAGAAAUUUGCAUGGGAACUUAUCAACAGUGUCAGAGCUUCUUCUCAACCCCAGUCCCUAUUGAAUUCCAAAAUGAGACGUCAAUCCUCGAGACAAUCGAGAUGCAACGAUACUUUUUGCUUAUUUUUUUGUUACAGGCACUCGACGUGUUCAUUUGCAUCAUUCUACCCUGCGCAUUGCUGGCUCUAGCAAUUCUUGGUUUCAAUUUUCUCCCGGAGUCAUUGAUUUCUUCACCAUCGAUCUUUUUGUAUUUGCAUUCUGCAUCGAAUUCUGUAAUCUUGAUUUUAUCGACUGAAUCCUAUCGAAAUACCGUCAAGAGGUGGUUCUCGAACUUGACAAUCGGGACGUGCAAUUGGUCAUGUAAAAGACGAAAAAAUGGGAUCCUCGUUGCUUGGCCUCUCAGCUCCACACCUCAUCAAAAUGAAUCAACGAAUGGC